UCCAGAUGGUACCCCAUGGCAGCCUACUCAAGAAUAUGUAGUCAUUAUUUUUUUGGAGGAAAUAAAUCUGAAGAUUCUCGUCAUCCAGCAUAUAAUCCAACAAUUUUUCCAACCAAGUAUAAACAUAACCGACUCGCAGGAUGGCCGUUGAUGUCGAAUCCCCUUCUGAUAAUGGCAAUAACCAUUUUGUAUAUCUAUACUGCGAAAAAACUCGGACCAGCGUUGAUGGAAAACAGAAAACCUUUCAAUCUCAAGAAAACGUUGUUUGUGUAUAAUUUGAUGCAAGUUAUAUUCAGCUCCUGGUUGUUCUAUAGGUUAGCUACUGCUGGAUGGCUCACUGGAAAAUUCAGUUUUAUAUGCCAACCACUCGAUACUUCCACUUCCCCAGAAGCAAUGAAGGUAGGUGGAGUAACCUAACCUAACCUAAACCUAGCAUAAGCAAAACCUAAACUAACCUAACUUAACCUAAUCUAACGUAACCAACAAAGUAGCUAGAUUUUGAGAUUUUUUUUGACAAGUACUUUUUUAUCUUACAUAAAAAAUUGUUAUUUUUUAUUGAAAAAAGUAUCCUAUGUUACUUCUAAUACCUCCAUGAAUAUGUGGACAAAAUUUCAUGACGAUCGGUUGAGUAGUUUUCGCGUGAAACUGUAACAAACAAACUCACAUUCGCAUUUAUA